CGGCAUGGAAUGGCCCUAUAUCCAGUGGGGAGCCCAUUGACACUUAACGGCAAAUGAGUGGAUGGCGGUGCUCCCGGCAAUGGAAACGAAGUAGGUCAAGACCACAAUAUCAAUCAAAACUUCAAACCAAAGCAUCAUGAAUGAAAUUUUCCGGAGACUGAAAACAUCCGGUAGUCCUUUCACGCACAGAGGUGAAACCCAGAACGGACCCACUAAGUCGAAGAUAAUGGAAUCGCUGUCCCAAGGCUACAAAGCCCAGAGCAUGCGACGGGCGGUUCCGUCGCUGUCAGAAGACGAACGCGGAGACUCCAGCAGUACGCGUGUCCGGGCUGGAAAUGAGGCGACGGAGGCGGCCGUGCUGACCGACGAGGUGCUUCUCCUGGUGCUGCGGUACCUCAGUCCCGAGGAGCUGUUUCGGUGCCGCGCCGUGUGCCGCGGGUGGCUCUCUCUGGCGAUGGACCCCUCGCUGUGGCGGGACAGGAGCAUCAAUACACUGUUUGAUCGUGUACUUGCCGCCAACGUUCUGCGCCACGCCCCCUGCCUGGGCAGCGUGGUCAUGCAGGAUUUUGGCUGGGACAGCAUCCUUUGGGGCGCCCUGAUCACCACGUCCUGUGCCAUUUCCGGGCUCCACUUCAGUUUCAAUGCUGAGGACGUAUUGCAGGUAGCACUGGCAAUCAGCAGGCAAGCAUUUCUCGGACGGCUGACUGAUCUUUCGUUGGACCGCGAGGUACUGAAGCAUCCCCGAUCUCACCAGUCCAUGUCACCUUUUUCGGAGCGCAGUCUAUGCGCGUUGCUGUUAAACAUAUGUAACAUUCGUGGAUUGGAGUAUCUGCACAUCUCCCCCUUACACUGUCCAAGCCUCAUUCCUCCGCUGCCGGACCUUUUGGUCGCAGUUCCAGUGCCGGCGUCUUUAAAAAACCUCAAGUGGUCUGACGACAAGCUCAAUCCUUUUCUGUCGCUGCUCCUGGAAUGGCAUGCGGCCACGCUGGAGGUAGUGUCGGUGACUGCGGACGACCCACGCCUCGCCCCCCUGCUCUCCUCGCUGCCCCGCCUGCGCUCGCUGUGCUGCGGCCUGCUGGUGGGCAUGGCGGCGCUGCUCCAGUGUCCGUCCCUGCAGAGUCUGGAGGUGGACUUCGACAACGACGUGGACACGCGGCCUCGGCUCGCUGGCUUCAGCUCGUACCUCCUCUCGGCAGCCGCUCGCCUGGAGCACCUGAAGCUCGCCUUCAACCAGAACCCGUCCGAGGAAGCGCUGGACUUGGUGCUGUGCCUGGGGGGUUCGCAGGGGGAGGGGCGCGCCGCGCUGCGCAGCCUCACCUUGUCUCACCAUUUCGACGCCCAGCCCACGGCGCUGCUGCAGCGCCUGGCGGCCGUCAUGCCCCGCCUGCUGAACCUCACCAAGCUCGACGUCGGCGGCGUCCCCUCCGCCGCCUUCCUCGAGUCCCUGGCGCACACCCACUGUGUGGCGGUGCUGCCGGGCCUCCUGGAGCUGGUCGUCAGCGCGCCCCUGGAGUGCGCUCACCAGUGGGCGCACUCCCAGCAGCUGCACGACGUGAUGCGGGGCAAGCCGCGCCUGCACGUCGUCGUCAGGGACCUCCCUGGGUGCUACGACCGCUACUGCCACUUCUGCGCGAGCCACAAGUGUCACCAAUGCAUCGCCUAUUGGUGCGUCAUCUUCACCCACCCCAAGGAGGCGCGUUGCGAACUGACGCACCAGGAUGCCGCUGACGACGGCCAGGUCGUCGAUGAGAUCGACAUCAAGUGGGGAUAG